AUGAUGCGCCCACGCCUUUCAGUCUGCAGUCGCUGCCUCGCACGCGGGAAGCACUUUUCUACAACAGGAGCUCCGUCUGAACGGCACCAAAAUGCACCGGCACCGCCACAAACCGGGUACGCCCGCCUCACGAACCGCGGUCUCAUCUCCAUAACCGGCACGGAUAGCGCAACUUUCCUCCAAGGCCUCAUUACCCAGAACAUGCUAGUCGCAAACGACCCUAGCAAAAGCAUUCGGCGAACCGGCACAUACACGGCAUUCCUCAAUUCCCAGGGUCGCGUAUUGAACGACGCCUUUAUCUACCCGCUCCCGCCCCUCGAAGGAAACGACCUCGAGCGGGAAUGGUUGGUGGAGGUGGACAAGAAUGAGGUGCCGACCUUAUUGAAACAUCUCAAGAAGCACAAACUGCGCGCGAAGUUGAAGCUCCGCGCCCUCGAAGAUGGCGAGCGCACCAUCUGGUCCUCAUGGAAGAACCACACCGAGCCCCGUUGGGCCGCAUACAACCUAGAAACCGAUACAGCGUCACCGUUUUCCACGUCGUCGGAUAUUGUUGGGUGCGUUGAUUCCCGAGCCCCGGGCUUCGGAUCUCGAAUUAUUACACCCGGCGCGGAGGACCUGCGCAAUCAUCUACCCGAUGAAUCCCAAGUGGCCGGGUCGGAGGUGGAAUUGGAUUCAUACACGGUGCGCCGAUUCCUCCACGGUGUGGCAGAGGGUCAAACAGAGAUUAUCCGUGAAACUGCGCUGCCAAUGGAGUGCAACAUGGACAUGGCGCGGGGCAUCGAUUUCCGCAAGGGCUGCUAUGUCGGCCAAGAGCUGACAAUCCGCACGCACCAUACUGGCGUAAUCCGGAAGCGCAUCUUGCCUGUGCAGCUCUACACCGAGGCACCAUCUUCUGAGAGUCACCCCGUAUACGACCCUUCAACCAAGCUGCCUUUGCCGCUGAGCGGAUCAAAUAUCAACAAGGCUGGGGGUCGUCGCGGCCGUAGUGCCGGCAAGUUUCUCAACGGUAUUGGGAACAUUGGCCUGGCGCAGUGUCGCUUGGAAAUGAUGACGGACAUUGCGCUUACAGGCGAAGGUACUCAAUUCACGCCCGAAACCGAAUUCAAAGUCUCGUGGACGACGGAGGGCGAACAGCCAGCGGAAGUGAAGUUGCAGGCUUUCAUUCCGCCUUGGACGAGAGAUUUCAUCGCCACUGGCGGAGCUCGUAAACCCGCCCCGCAGGCCACGGAUGGCGUGCGGGCGCGCGGGUUUGUUGAGCAGUUGGAGGAAGAAGAAGAGGCGCAGCGACGAGAGUAG